AUGACAUCAGCCAUCAAAUUCCAGUGAGCCGUCAACGCUGCGUGCGGUCCUAUUUUUAUUUCGUAUUAUUUAAUUUUGAUCAAAAAUGUCUUCGGUCCCCGACGACAUGUCCGGGGGGGACAAUCUAGGGGAGAUAAAUGUAACUUUAAUGACACUACGGAAGCCUACAGAGCUGAAGAAGAUCAUAGAUUCUGUGCCGAAGCCGUUAAGGACUGUGCCGAAGAAUGGGCUGCCGCUGUGGUAUCGGCUUGGGCUGGAGAGUAAGCUGCCGGUACCGAAGAUGCCUGUUGGGAAGAUCACGUUUUCGAGAGGGAGGAUUGGCGAGGAUGUCCGCCGCGUAGGUCUCGGCAACAGCAACUUCAGGCAGACCUUCGACCUAACAGACCCCUACUGCAACAACGUGUCCUACGACUACGUUCCCAUGCACGACCCCCACCUGGCCUGCUACUUCGCACAGAAAGCCGCCAGGAAGAGGAUGAAGCAGCUCGGCUUCUGCACGACGGAUGGCAGGGCGGUCUGCUCAUUGAAAGACUUCAACCAGUAUAGGAAGUAUCUGUAUAAUGAGUUCAUGGAUCAGAUACAUCAAGUUAUGAAGGUUAUCGACGAGCGGUGCCGGGAUGAUCUGACUAUGAAACGCGUGGAGAAAGACGUUUCCCGCAGACAGGACAUCUUCAACAGAUCUGAACGCGCCAGAGAACAUCUGGAGAAGGUGGCUAGGGAGAAUGCUGCUGAAUGGGCAGAGAAGAAGCGACUAGCAAAGGAACAAGAACUAAAGAUACAAAUGCGUAUGAACUACCUACAAGAAUACAACGAACGCAUGCGCAAAGAACGAGCGAAGCGCGCGCACGAGAAGGAGACCCGUAUCAAGCAGCGGGUAGAGGCAGCGGCUGAACUGGAACUGAAGAGGAAGAUCACCAUGGUGCGGCAGUGGAGGAUCAACGAGAAGAAUCGCUUGCGCCGCCUGAGACAGGAGAGGGAGGCGAGGGCCAAGUUUCUGGAGAGCGAGGCCAACAGAAAGUGGAACGCGCGCGUGCAAGCCCAGAACGGUAAGAUACAAGAAGAGGCGCUGCUUCUCAAGAUAUACACGGAAGACAUGAAUGCUGGCGCGCAGAGGAGGAUUAAGAAGUCAGAGCAGCACGCUUACAAUACUGAUCUACAGCUACAAUGCAUCAGACUGAAGAACCUAAAGGAAUCGCGCGGUGGAACUGCUAAAGCGGCUAAGCUUGUCAGGAAGAUGGGCGUCGAAUUUGAGAAGUCUAAACGCGGCACCAAAGGCAUGAGCCCCGAAUACGCUCAAGAAGCGGCCAUAGAAGCCAUGGGCACUGCCAUGUCUACCACUGGUGACAAUCUGAUGAACCUCGGACAGGCGCGAAUUCGUAUGGACAUGGGGGUGGUGCUACCAUCAGCGCCAGUGAAGGUUUUGGAGGAGAUUCUGCAGACGGUGGUGAUGGAGUUCGCCCGCCGCCGCACGCACGCGCUCAUGCGUGACGUGGAACGCUCGGUGCGCGAGCAUGCUGCCAUCGCGUUCUUCAAGGAUUACCGCCCGCCAUCGAAGAAGCGCGGUUCCAAGGAGCCACGCUGGCGCGCUUUGACCGAGGAGCUGGCCAAACACCAAAGGAGCCAGAGCGACGCAUCCAUACAAUUCGGGAAGGUCACGGUCAUCCCGCCGGACAGCGUGACCGAACAGGAGAUGAAGAGUGUGUACAACAGACCUCCUACGCCAAUGCCGUCCAUGACGAAGCUAGCCGAGCUGACGUUUACUGACAAGCUGGACGAUCUCACGGACCCCGUGGCCAUCGGACAGUAUUUGCCUGAGCGGCUUAAGUUGUUGGAGAAUGUAAACGCAGCAGCGAAGCUCCUCUCCCGCUCGGUGGCACAAAUCGUGGAAAAACGCAUGGAUCUCGUUACUGGAAAAGUCACGCUGCUGUUCAUGAGACAUCCUAUGGAAUGGGGCGAAGCGGUUGAGGGAUUAACUUGCGCCGUGGUAAACAACGGCAUAUACCUGUCGAACCCUGACGUACGCCAUUGCACCGAGUUCCUCGCCCAGCGAGUACUCAGCUCGCUGCAGAAGCAGAUGAAGGAAGAGAAGAAGAGGCUGAAAGCGGCGUUAGAAGGCGGUGACUCUGAAAUCCAGGACCGGGAUCAAAAGGACUUCUACGUGCCUGAUCAAGUGAAGAAACCCAAUUAAGGACCUGUCACACAGCCUUUGAGUCAAUUGACAGGUUGUCCGCAGA